UUAUCUAUCAGGUAACUGUGCUUGUGUUACGACAAUUUAAUAUUUUUGAAUGAGUUUAGUAUACACUAAACGUUUAAACCAGCUGCUGUUUCUCAGCUGGAAAAGGUUGACGUUCUACAGUACGCUCCAAGCCUAAUGGAAAAUUCUUAUUCCUAGCUCUCAGAAGAAUGCAAUCAGACUCUACGAAACCUGAAAGAGAAGACGACAAUUAUGAACCGUUUUCAAAUCGUCACGUAGCGAAACCAAAUUCGACUACUGGAACGUUGAUUCACCUGAUAAAAGGUUCUCUUGGAACAGGAAUUUUGGCAAUGCCGUUGGCAUUCAAAAAUGGAGGAUUAAUCUUUAGCUUGAUCGGAACAAUAGCGAUUUGCUUCAUCUACGUUCACUGUGUACAAUUGCUGGUAGGAACAUCCCAGAAAGCAUGCAAACGCAGCCGCAUUCCUGUUCUAGGGUAUGCCGAAACAGCGGAGGUAGUCUUUGCAGGUGGUCCUCCGGCACUACGACAAUUUGCAAAUUUCGCAAGAAACUACAUCGACCUUAUGAUUCUUAUCCAGAGUUUGUUGACACUGUGCCUGUUCCAAAUUUUCAUCGCAAGUUCGCUGCGUGACGUCGUCAACAAUCAGCAGCAAAUAGUAUGGGGAACCCACGUUUACAUCGCACUGGUGACGAUUCCGAUAGCGUUCAUCACUCAGAUACGGGAGCUGAAGUAUUUGGUACCUUUCAGUGCACUGGCAAAUGCUUUAAUGAUAAGCGCCUUCGGAAUCACAUUGUACUUCCUCGUACGGGAUCAAAUAUUUUUGUAUGAUAAGAGUUACUGGCCGGAAUGGAGCAAAUUACCAUUUUUCAUGAGCACCGUUCUUUAUGCAAUCCAAGGCAUAAGAUAUGUCCUGCCCAUAGAGAAUAACAUGAAACACCCGGAGCAUUUUCUUGGUCCUUGUGGAGUAUUGUCCAAAGCUAUUGGAUUUUUAACUGUUCUCUAUGUUGUGACCGGAUUCUUCGGUUAUGCCCGCUACGGAGAAGAUACUAAAGGAUCCGUUACUUUGAAUCUUCCAAGCCAAAAUGGCUUGGCAGAAUCAACUCGGCUUUUGGCAGCCAUCGCUGCUAUGUUUUCUAUGGGCCUCAGCUAUUACGUUCCAAUGGAUAUUGUUUGGCGUCGAAUAGAACACAGGAUUCCGGAUAAUCGUCGAAACUAUAUGUUGAUUCUGCUCCGUUUCGGUAUACUGCUUCUUCUGACCGGCGUAACUAUGGGCGUUCCUGAGCUUGAACCAUUCGUCGGAUUGGUUGGGUCGUUCUGUUCUGGAAAUUUGGUAGUACUGGUUCCGGUAAUAUUGGAUACCAUGUUCAGAUGGCCGAACAGUUUCGGCCAGUACCGACAAAUCUUGCUGAAGAACUUCGUUCUCGGUUUGUUUGGACUAUUUGUACUAAUAGCGGGAACCGUUUCCAGUGUAAGGAACAUUGUUGCGAUAUACGAAUAAAUCGAAAUAUGAAUGUUAACGUGUAGAUACAUAU